UUUUUUUAAUCUCAAUUCGGACAGUCUUAGGAGAGUUAGGCACCCAAUAAGCUGAAAAACAAAAAAACAACCUUUCUUACUAUUAUCUGAACAAUUUCCAUUCAAAUCACAAAACCAGAAAUCAAAGAGCUCAAAAGAUCAAAUCUUUUUCUUCACACUCUACGAAUAAAAAUCAAAAUUUUUUCCUUUGAAAAAAAUUUAAAUCAAUUUCUUCACCCUUUGAGCUCUGUUUUUCAAGCUAACUUUGCUUUAAAUAAAAGAGCUUUGAAUAAAACUACUCUUUUGCAGCUAAUUUUUCCUUGUAAUAGUUUCUCAUGUAGUUUUUGUGUUCAAAGCUCAGGAAGCUUGAGUGUUGUAGCUCUUUUUCUCUUAAUUUUUUUUUUCCAUCUGGGUUUUCUGUUUCAGGUAUAAUUUCUUGUUCAGUUUUCAAAUUUCGGAACACUGAGCUAUUUUUCGAGUGAUUUAGAUUAGUAAAGUAAAAAUGGGUUUUUGUUAAAAAGCUCAAAAGAUACAAAUUUUGAGGGUUUAAGGUUAACUAUGGAGGGUAGGGAAGGAGUGAAUAGUAGUGGGGUUACAGUGGUGGCAUCAGAUGCUCCGUCAGACUACCAUGUGGCUCCAAGGUCUGAAAACACAACCCAUAACGCCGGAUCAACACCUCCGGCGCCGGUUGCUCCGCCACCGGCGGCGGCUCUGCCGGCGGAUGGGAAACACAACCAUACCGCCGGAUCAACACCCCCGGCGCCGGUUGCUCCGCCACCGGCGGCGGCUCUGCCGGCGGCUGGGUCUUUGCCGAUGAAGAAGAAGAGGGGGAGGCCAAGGAAGUACGGACCAGACGGGAGUGUGACCAUGGCGCUUUCACCAAAGCCGAUAUCGUCCUCUGCGCCGCCUCCGGUGAUCGAUUUCUCGGCGGAGAAGCGCGGGAAAGUGAAGCCGACCAGCUCAGUGAGCAAGACCAAGUAUGAGGUGGAGAAUUUAGGUGAAUGGGUUGCAUGCUCUGUUGGUGCUAAUUUUACACCCCAUAUCAUCACUGUUAAUUCGGGCGAGGAUGUCAUGAUGAAGAUUAUAUCAUUUUCUCAACAAGGUCCUCGAGCUAUAUGUGUGCUUUCUGCAAAUGGUGUUAUAUCAAGUGUGACACUUCGUCAGCCUGAUUCUUCUGGCGGUACAUUGACAUAUGAGGGGCGUUUUGAGAUACUAUCUUUAUCUGGUUCAUUUAUGCCCAAUGAAACUGGAGGGACAAGAAGCAGAUCAGGUGGGAUGAGCGUUUCUUUGGCAAGUCCAGAUGGGCGUGUUGUAGGUGGUGGUGUAGCUGGUCUGUUAGUAGCUGCAAGUCCUGUGCAGGUUGUAGUAGGCAGUUUUCUGUCAGGAAACCAGCAUGAGCAGAAGCCCAAGAAACAGAAACAUGAUUACAUCUCUAAUGCAACGCCAACUAUGGCUGUUCCUAUUUCUAGUGUUGAUCCAAAACCAAACUUCUCAUCUUCGACUUCCUUCCGUGGAGAUAAUUGGUCUUCAUUGCCAUCGGAUCCGAAAACCAAGACUGACAUUAAUGUAUCUUUGCCUGGAGGUGUAAUCUGAAAGAGAAUGCACUUAUAGUUGCAAUAUGAGGUUUCUGACUGACCACAGUGGCAGAUUAAACUCCCAAGUCCCAGCUGUUGGAUCUCACUUCUCCUUGUUUGUUGUCUGUAAACUUGUUGACUACUAGUAUCGUCAUGGGGUUUGCACCCAUUUUAGGUGUUAUUUAAAUUAGCCGCAUAGGUAGGCUUCUAGUGCUGCUUAUGUAGCCUGUUGUGCCCCCUAGAGUAGUUCGAUGAUGUAAUAUUAGCACCAGAAUCCGUCUUUCUUUGGAUUUGAUGUAAUGUGAUUUGGAAGUUGUUUGAGACCUAUUGAUUGACUG